AAUAAUUCUAAACGGAACCAACAACAAGAUCAUGAAGUGUUUUAUAGACUGUACUUGCGUUCACAUGUAAUCUCCGGAAGGUGGCGGUAUGGAGCCAUCAGUUCUCUUUUACUUUCAUUGGCUGCGAAGAAGAGCGGAACCGCUGAGAUGUUGCUGUGGAUACGUGAAGUUUACAACUCCCAAAGCUUUUUAAGAUGUCUCCAUCACUGAUUGGUGUUUAGAGCCACUUUCCAUCCCAGUCUACAUUCACUAUGCUGCAAGCAGAGACCCUCCAACUUCUGUGCCUCACAUCCACCAGUGGGGUCCCUCUGUUCUCACGAGGCUCCGCAAAGCAGCUUCCCUUUUCCAUCAUCGGCUCCCUAAAUGGUGUCCAUAUGUUUGGCGCCGGCCACGGGGCUCAGUUAAUGAGCUGUGAGACAGAUCGAGGGAGCCGUGUGGUUUGGGGUGUCUUCCAGGAGAGCCUGAUGCUGAUUGCGGUGAGCGGCGGCGGGGGCCCUGCCAUCAGUGAGCUGCAGCUGCGUCGCCUGUUGGAGAACGUGUGGAACUGCAUGGUCCUGGUCCUGGGACAGGACGAGCUGGCAAACAUGCGCAAUGUGGAGCGGCUAAAACGGGAGUUGCGCUCUUGCUACCGCCUGAUUGACAUACUCCUGGAGCGCGUCAGUGACGAACAGGGAUUUAUGGGAGAUCUGACGCAGUGCGCUGACUGUUUGCUUCUCUCCCACUCAGGCUUGCUUCAGGAAGCCCUAGACUCCUUUACACAAGCAGCGGAGAGUGAAUUUGGCUGCCUGCUGGUGCACGGCCGUGUGGCACAGGCCACGGAGAAGUGGUGGUCUCGACUGUCGUCCCAGGAAGUUGUUGUGCUCUCAGUCUUGGUGCACUCGCUCUCCGGUGCAUCUUCAUGUGACUACCCCGUCUUCCUUCCCCAAGGAAGUCCUACCGUCGCAAUUCGCUUACUCAGUUUCCAACUACUGCCUGGAGUUCACGUGUGUGUCCUCUGUGGCCCCAAACCCUCUUUAUACAAGGCAGAGAAUGAGCUUAUCGGUCGUUUUUGGUCCACUUUUGUGGAGAACCUGCGUAACUGUUUGGAGCAGGCCAAACAUUCUACUCUUCCCCUAUCUGUUAGCCUUCGCUGGGACAUCCAGGCGCUUCUCCUCAUCAACCGUGAAUCUCGCCGUGCCGUCACCGUCUGCCCUCGUGUGCGCAGUGGCGCUCCUUCGGAGGCUACGCCUCUCCUCUCGUCAGGCAGGCGCUUGGAGCUCCUCCGUCUUUUUUAUACAUUUGCCAUGACUCGAUAUUUUAACUGUCAGGAGGCAUCAGUUUCGUCAGCCUCGACUACCUCGGAGGAUUUCUCUCAGGGUUUUACCCACGUCCCUGUGCAGUGUUACCUUGUAACAGAUGAGUGUAAGUGUUAUGGCCUGCAGAGUUCCCAACACCAGCUCUUCCUCCUCAUGGAUCUCUCUGUGCCCACGUUUGCCUUGCGUACUGUGGCUACACAGACUCUCUCAGCGAUUACUGCUGCAACUGGUUUUUAGAGCACUGGUUUGGACAUGUAUGGGUUACUUAACCAGGUACCAGAUUUACUGGAUUUGCAAAAAUGAACAGCUCAAGCAUUAAUGCUAGAGAAUAGUUCACAUAAAAUUAAAAGACUGUCAUAAUUUUCUUACCCUCAUGUCCUUAUAUAACCUGUUUGAGUUUGUGUUUUCUUCGAAAAACAAAUCUUCCAAAAAUGGUCC